AAUCUGAUUAGAUUACAUAUUUUGUUCAUAAUUUGAAUACAAUUUCACGUAACACGAGGCUUAGAGUCCAUAGUUGUAGCCCAAUAACAUUUCAUAUUUCUAAUUUUUAAGAAAAAAAUUAAAUGCUAACUAGUGUUUUUUAAUUUUCUAGAGUUAUGUGAAAAAUGGGGGGCGAUCAAUUUAUUUUUUCAGCAAAAUAUGGGUUAUUCGUGAAAUCUUUCCAUGUUUACGUUGUUCGCACGUUUUUACCGUAAAAAGGGCGAAUUUCCACGCAUUCUGACAGAUAAACAAAGGGGGUGACCCCCAUUUUUAUUUGCUUAUUUUACUUCUACUAUGAUAUGUACUCUCAUCAUGCAAAAUAUAUUAAAAGACUUUUAGAAAUGACAGGAUGUUUGAAAUGGUAAAACACAGGUCUAUUCAAAAGACAUUCAAUACCAAGGGCCAUUUGCAUUCUGAUAGCGUCUUUCGCACUGUUCACAUUCUUUUUUUCUUUGUUCCAGAAAAGAAGUCAAUUGUAACAAACAAAAGAACAUGAUACGAGCAUCAUUCCAGAUGCUAACGUAUAACGUAACCCCAAUGGCAACCUUGGUGUGUGUGGUGGCGUUAGUGUACAGUGGGAUAAGAGUAGAUGCUGCUAGGGCUUUUACAUUGGCAAUGAUAUUAGACAUUUGUGCCCAAUGCAUAGCUUUAAAGAUUGCUGUUCAUUUUAUCAACUUGAGAGAUUCUAUGGUUUCCAUAAACAGGAUUGAGAAAUUCCUAUGUAAUCGUCCUACAUUAUUUAAAACAAGUACAAGUGCCAUAAUAUAUUCCAAAGAUACCCAACCUUGUCAAAUUGGAAGUUUGACUUUUACCAAAAAUAUUGAUAGCAGGAGAGCAACAUUUAUCGAAAUGGACACUGAGCCCAGAGUAAAUAUAACCGAGAUGUCAGCAGCCUGGACAAGUCAACAAAAGAGUGUUUUACACCAAGUCUCGAUGGUAGUACGAUCAAACCAGUUACUUAURGUCACAGGACCUGUUGGCAGUGGAAAGAGCUCUUUACUGAUGGCCAUCCUUGGGGAAAUUCCCACAACUGAAGGGGAAAUUACGGUCCAUGGUCGAACAGCUUAUGUUAGCCAAAUACCUUGGAUCUUCUCGGCUUCCAUUCGUGAUAAUAUUGUCUUCGGACGACCAUUUGACGAGUCUCGAUACAAGAGAAUACUAGAAAUGUGUGACCUUCAGAAAGACAUCAAGUGCUUCCCUCAUGAAGACUUGACCAUCAUUGGCCAGAAAGGCGUAGGUCUCAGUGGUGGUCAGCGUGCUAGACUCAGUCUAGCUCGCGCAGUCUACUCAGAAGCAGAUAUCUUUUUACUGGAUGACCCACUCAGUGCAGUUGAUGCCAGGGUUGGACAACACAUCUUUGAUAAGUGUAUCUGUGGAGAGCUGUCGAAUCGAGUAAGAAUUCUGGUGACCCAUCAAGUACAAUACCUUCCACGAGCUGACAAGAUAGCAGUAGUAAGAGAGGGUGCUGUUGUUCUCGGGACAUAUUCGGAAUUGAGCGAAAACGGAGUAGUAGAUACCUUACAGAAAAGACAUGAAGAUACUAACAGCGACUAUACAUUGUAUGAAGAAGUCGUUCAUUAUAAAGAUGAUAAUUCUAAAGACAUGACGGAGGAAGAUGAGGACAGAGCUACUGGUACGGUUUCUUGGCGCUUGUACUGGAGGUUUUUCAAGGCUGGAUUACCCUCUGUUAUCAUUGUUUGCCUUGCUUUAUUUUACAUCAUCGCUCAAGCGUUUUUGGUGGUUCCAACUUGGUGGAUGUCACGAAUAGUUCAUAGGACACUACAGGACCAAAGAGAUUCCUUCUCCUUGGGCGUGUUUGGUGGUUUGGUUGGAGCAUCGUUGAUUCUUUCCUUAGCAAAAGAUUUGGCUUUUGUCAGUGCAAUUUUGAGGUCUACAAGAAAGCUCCACGACAAAAUGACACUUGCUUUUAUCAAGUCUCCUGUUCUGUUCUUUGAUACCAAUCCUGCUGGACGAAUAAUGAACCGCUUUUCCAAAGAUAUCGGUGCUAUGGAUGAUCUGCUGCCGAUCCAAUUCCUUUAUUCGGUUCCUUUGUGCUUGAAUAUAGCUAUAGUUAUAUUACUGGCUUUGAUAGUUAGCCUGUGGAUCGCUGUUGCUGUCAUUCCAUUGGUAAUGCUGUUAUUCUUGAUUGCUGCGUAUUAUCUAAAGAGUUCUCGUGAGCUGAAGAGAAUAGAAGCGAUAAGAUGCAGUCCUGUCUAUGACCAUGUUGCCGAAACCAUUACAGGGUUAGAAGUCAUUCGAACAUCAGGGGCCAAAGAAGAUUGCUGCAACAAAUUGUUAAGGCUUCAAGAUGAGCACACCAAAGCCUUUUUCCUAGUCAUGGCAACAGCUCGCUGGCUUGGACUGUACGUGGAUUUUCUGUGUGCCUUUUUCUUGGUUGGGGUAGCCAUCGUAGGACUGAUUGCCAUUCACGAUCACGGUUUGGCUGGAAUGUUGCUGUCACUUUCUAUCACUCUCUUCGGUACUACCCAAUACGGUAUACGCCUGGCUACUGAUGUCGAGAGUCAAAUGACGUCAGUCGAACGAGUGAUGAAGUAUACUGAGCUACCUUCUGAACCUGGGUACACCAGACAAGACAAACCAUCAGAUGACUGGCCAAGUCAAGGUUCUUUGUCUAUACGAGACUUGUCCAUGGUGUAUUUAGAAGGUGGACCCUCAGUACUAAAGGACAUCAACCUCGAUGUUCAACCCAAAGAGAAGAUUGGUAUCGUAGGUCGCACUGGAGCAGGCAAGUCAUCUCUUGUAGCUGCUCUCUUUCGGAUGCCCGAUCCUCAAGGCCAAGUAUUUAUUGACGGUGUUGAUCUUGGCACCAUUGAUAUACAGGCUGUGCGCAGAUCCAUGGCUGUUAUCACUCAAGACCCUGUGCUCUUUGCUGGAAGUCUCAGGAAGAAUCUAGAUCCAUUUAAUCGUUUUCCAGACCAGGCCAUCUGGACAGCACUUGAUGAAGUACAACUGAUGAAGAAAGUCAGCAAACUGCACCAUCAGAUAGAUUACUGUGUAGGGGAGGGAGGGUCAGGAUUUAGUGUCGGUGAACGACAACUGCUGUGUCUUGCUCGAGCAUUAUUACAGAAUUGUAAAAUACUUGUGCUGGAUGAAGCAACAGCCAACGUGGAUUACAAGACAGAUCACCUCAUUCAACAAGUAAUCAGGCAAAAGUUUACCAAGUGUACUGUGCUGACCAUAGCUCAUCGAGUGAACACCAUCAUGGACUAUGACAAGGUAGUGGUUCUUGACCAUGGUCACGUGGUGGAAUACGAUAAUCCCAGAGUUCUUGCUGGGAAAGAGAAUGGCUWCUUYUCAAGAUUGAUAAAGGGACAUACCAUGAAGGUCUGAUAAAAUUUGAUGUAUCUGGUAGUUAGGUUGCUACAUACACUGGUUUGCUGAACUGAUUCACAAGUAUACUGGAAUAGAGCCACCAUUGUCAGUGCGCAUGCCACGACGUUGAAAUUUAACUGACCAAUUUUUCUUUAAUUAAACACAUUUUAAAGCACCGUUACAAAAGAAGAAAACUGGCGUUUUCUCGUUAUUCGUUAGCAAUUUUGGUUCGAAAGACAUAUAAUUUUAAAAGUUUAUGCUAAUUAGGAUGUUGAUGGCGUUACAUUGUGAACGGCUCUGUUUCCUUCAACAUAGAUUUCAGCAUAUCUCUGAGAAUAUUUGCUGUAUACUUGUAUUCAAGAUAUAAGACAUGAAAAUGCAACUACUGUGAUUGCUUUUGUGACGUUAUCAUAUAAUCCGUCAUUGGCCUUUAAUGUAAUCUGAACCCUCACGGGUGUAUGUGUAUCAGUUAACAGUUACUCGAGUAAAGAGAGACACACACACGA